AUGCAUACCUCAUUUCUGGUAACCGUGCUGGCCUUGGCCGCUAGUGUCAUUGCCCAGCCUUGGAGCCACUGGCCCGGCAAACACACCUGCCUCAAUGACACUGGAGUCGCAUACCUUGUCCAAGGCUACACCUACCUUCUCGAGAAACCCGGCGGUCCUGACUUCAACGCUACUGCAAAUGCAAUCCUCUCUGACAAGUUCUUCGUCUUGUCCGAUUCGAUCAACUCUCUUUCCGGCAGACCUCUCGGAUCACCCGCCUACCCCAGCAAGCAAGGAUUUAUCGCCUCUCAGUCCCUGACUCCUCCGCUCCCGGUCGUGGCUACCCUCGGCACCUUCUACAACUGCGCCAGCGUCUCCUGGAGAUGGAACGCCUCUGGCAUCGGCAGCAAUCAGUAUGAAAUCAAAGGGAUCAUCAACUUCGAUGUCAACGUGACGACUCUUCAAAUCGACGCUGUUUACUCGGAAUUCAAUACUGCCGCAUUCCUACAAGACUUGGGCAGUCCUGAAUGCCAGCAGAAGUAA